AAAAAUCAAUCCCUUCAUACUAGCUCCUGAAAUGUAUAUUGGGUAUUGGAUACAGUGAAAGGCUUUUUAAAUAUGAGCGGUACAUCAGCUGGAAUUAAGUUUAUGUCUUUUCUGCCAAAUACUCUAAAUUUCCAAGAUCGAGAGGUUUACAAGGUUGGUUUCGCAGCUUUAGAUUGUAUGCGGAGAGAUGGAAAAUUGUGUGAUGUCACUUUGACUGCGGACAAUAAUCGCUUCACGGCACACAAAGUUGUUUUGGCCGCCACGAUACCGUUUUUUAACGGAAUGUUCCUGAGUAAUAUGGCAGAAUCUACUAAAAGCGAAGUUGCUAUUCAUGAACUUGACGCUUGUGCUUUAGAAGCGUUCAUUGGUUAUGCUUAUACUGGUCUUGUGCAAAUCAACCCACGCAAUGUUCAAUCAAUUCUAAUUGGAGCCAAUUUUCUACAGCUAAAUAAUGUUCGUAACAUCUGUUGCAGAUAUAUCAGUGAAAGAUUGACUGUUGACAUAGUUUUGCCGAUGAAGAAUUUAGCUCAAAGUUUUUUGUGCACAGAAUUAGUAUCUGCUUGUGAGACGUAUAUCUACAAAAACUUCGAAAAUAUCGCACGCACAAUUUCGUUUUUUAAUCUUGAAGGAGGUGAAUUAAUGGAAUUACUAGAAUCAGACGAACUGAACGUCAGCAGUGAAGAACGCUUGUUCCAUAUAGUUAUGUCUUGGGUUGAGUUUGAAUCAAAACUGAAUUCUGAAACAAAUUCCGUUAUGUCAGAGUCUAUUAAUGUAAUUGAACUACCUGGAAAUUACGAUCGUAAUGUUAAUUCGAUGCAAUCACCAGUUUCAAGUGAAAUUAAUUAUCAAACUUCGUGUUGUAAUGGUUCUUUACAUUCUACACAUCAUUCUCAUAGUCAUUAUUCUACACAAGUGUUCAAUAACAAACGUCGCACUGACUUUCUCCCAUUUCUUCUUAGACGAAUUAGAUUACCCUUAAUUCCAGUUAGCUACAUUUUCUCAGUUAUUUCACGGCAUGAUCUUAUUCGCCAAGAUAUUCGUUGUAGAGAUAUUCUAGAUGAGGUACGUGAUGUUCUUCUUAUGUCAUGGAAAACAUCCGAAUUCUUUAAUUGUCGACCUAGAAAAUGUCAAGAUAUUUUUGGCGUUAUUUAUGCUGUAGGAGGUUGGAAUGCAGAUUUAGAAUGUCAUGGGAUUGUGGAGAUUUAUCAUCCUUCUCUUGGUCGUUGGGAAUUAUCAGAAAGCAUGAUAUCUAAGCGUAGUCGUAUUGGUGUUGUUGCUUUGAAUGGACUAUUGUACGCUAUCGGAGGUUUCGAUGGAACUUCUCGCUUACGUACAACUGAAGUUUAUAAUCCGAAAACUGGAAAGUGGUCAACUGUCGCUCCAAUGGUUUGUCGACGUAGUGCUGCAGGAGCUGCUGCUUAUGAUGGAUGUUUAUAUGUGUGCGGUGGUUUUGAUGGUCAAACGUCAUUACGUACUUGUGAAGUGUACAUUCCGGAACAAGAUACAUGGAAGCUAAUAUCAAGCUUGAAUGAACCCAGAUCUGCUGGUGGUCUUGUUGCUCUCAAUGGUCGUCUUUAUGCUAUUGGCGGACACAAUGGUUUAGCUGUUUUCUCCACAGUUGAAUGCUAUGAAAAGGGUGGAGAUUUACCUAGAACAAUUUCACCAUCCUCUCGUUAUGAAACCGACCUACAGAAUCGUGGUGCUCAGAAAAACCCAACUAAUGUGUGGUAUUCAGUAGCCAAUAUGUUACAUCGGCGAUGUCGACAUGGCGCAACUGCAUUUCGUGAUCGCAUUAUUGUAGCCGGUGGUUAUGAUGGUGCUUCAUUUCUUCGAAGUGUUGAAAUGUUCGAUCCUACAACUGGUCCAGAUCGUAAUGGCUUGCAUGGUCAAUGGACCGAAAUCUCAUCUUUAUCAAUUCCUCGUUCUCGAGUUGGAUUGGCUGUAACUGCAGGUUGUUUGUAUGCAAUAGGUGGUUAUGACGGUAGUACACAUCUACGAACAGUUGAAUGCUUUAAAUCUCCCAUCAAACUUAAUGCCUAUGAAUUAUCCAGUGAUAUUUUACAGUCAAAACAUAGUACAUUAUCUAAUUUAUUAAAUAAACCUAGUAGUUGCGGUGAUCAUGUUGUUGUUGAUGACGACAAUGAUGAUGACAAAGAUGAUGAUAGUGUUUCUUGUAAUCAUCAUCAUUAUCAUCAUCGAUGUUCUGUGAAUUCUGAUUACGAGUCUAUUUCAUCUUUCAACUCAACUGAAACUGUUACAUUUACUGAAACAACAGGAAACCAGCAAAAUAUGACGUUGGAAAAGUUGAAACCUAAACCAAAUAAUUAUAAACCAUCCAUGCAAUCUCCUUCAGUUAACGUCAAUUGUAAUGGUGGUACUUCCACUUUAUCCACUAUAGUCCCAUCUUCUUCUUCUUCUUCUAGUCCUUUCGCUGAUUGGCAAUGGUCAUUUGGUCCGUCAUUAAUCGCACAUGAAGGAUGGGUUGGCAUUUGUGUUCUUCCAUUUGACCAAUCCUCUUCAAUCCAUUGAAAAUAUUUAUUUUGUUUUUUACACAUACAUAUGUUUGUUGUUUUGAUUAUUUUGUUUUCCGUUCAAAAAAAAAUUAAUAAAUAAUAAAUAUAUUUUAUAGGUGUUUUGUUUCAUGUUAACUUUUCAAUUGUAUGCUGUGUAUGCAUUUACUUUAUAUGAAUCCAUUAUGACACACAUGUGUCUGUCUAUGUUUUGCAUAGAUUGUUUGCCAGACAUUCGUUUAUAACUAUACCUAUUCUGUUCUUUUCAUUUAAAUUUGUAAAUAAAAAUUCCGUUAGAUUUCUUUUCUUAUCUUUGUGUAGAUAUAUUUAUUGCUGUCAUUUUUUCUCUUUUUUUUUUUUCGCAAACAAAACCUUUUUUGCAUUUCUCACUUCAUCAUCAUCUCUUACAUGAAUGUGAUUAUAUGUUUUGUGCAUUUCUCCAUUAUUGCAUUCAUUGAAUCUCUUUUUCAAACAUGAGAAAAAAACGAAGAACAAACAUCUUUUUCUAUGACAAGAAUUUAUUUUUUCAAGCAGAAUAGAAUAAUAAUAAUAAUAAUAAUAAAAAUGAAACAAAUGACCAAGGGAUAUUGAUUUUGCAUAAUCAGGUUUAUGUGAUUAUUAUUUUGUUUGGUUUUGUUUUGUUUUGUUUCGCUCCUCUCUGUGUUUUGUGAUUGAUUAUUUAACAUUGUUUUGUUUAUUUGUCCUCUUUUUAUUUUUUGGUCGAUAGAAAAAAAUUACUAGUUUCGUGACAAAUAAAUAUAUAUAUAU